AUGGCCAUGAUGAUGGCAAAUCCACAGCAGCCUCACACUUCCAGUGGUUUCCAAUAUGCUCCUCCCGCCCCAUCUCCUCAGGAGCCCCAAUUACCAGAGAAAAACAAUGUCGAGAUGACCCGCGACAUGCUCAUCCAAGUGCUGGAGUACUUCUCUACCAUCGUUCCUGCGUAUUUCGAUAACAGGCCCGUCCGCCUCGUUAUUCACGGAGGCGCGUGCAUGCUGCUGCAUCCUCGUUUGUUCCCCCUCACGCAGUCGCCGAUGUCACAAAGCCUCUUUGUGGGAAAUGACGGCAUGCCCAUACCCAUCCCGGUGAAACGUACUGCCACGCGGGAUGUCGACUACAUAAACCGGUCGUUCGCCGCAGAGUGGAAGAGCGUUGGUGUGGUUGAUGCGACAGAGCGGCUGAAGAAGUGCAUCAGAGCUACGGCAAGGCAGUUUGGGUUGGGCGCUGACUGGAUGAACAGCGAUGCAGAUAUCGCACUCCCGAUGGCAACCAACCCUCAGACUGGCACCGUCUACGAUCCUAUAUACACGGAUUCCCUUCGGCCGAACAACCUGCAUCUACACACUAUAUUCACGUCUCAGAAUCAAAAACUUGUUCUGAUAAGCGUGACUCCGUUUUGGGCCGUUGCCUUGAAGUUGGUGAGGUACUGUAAAUGGGAUCCGGGAGACAUAUGUGCACUCCUUCGCAACGGGACUAUUAUGUCCAAAGUAACGUGGAACGCCGAAAUCCUUGAAGCAUGGCUGCACAAGGAAUGUUGGCCCAUGGGAUACGCAUCGUAUGACACCGCUAAGGUCAUGGAAAUGAGGAAACGAAUACAACAUGCCGUGCAAAUGGUGAAUGCUUGGAAUACCUCAGACCCACCGCCAUCGUCAUCGCCAUAUCCCCCGCCGGCCCCUUCGUCGUCGUACGGCCCAUCCCCAGCCUCGUCAAGCCGACUCGCACCAGAAGCAUGGAGCAUGGGCGGCCAGGGCGCAGAUCCCGCAUCUCCACCUGUUAAUGGCGCGUGGUCGAGGUCUCCUCCGUCUUCGGGCUCCGCUGGCCAAAUGCCUCCACCGUGGGGCGCAGCGGGCAGCCCGCCGCCCCCGGUCCUAUCUCACCAACCUUCUCUCCAAUGGAACACGCCGCCAUCGACGCUCGGGCGCAGCUCGGCGCGUGACUCGUGGGUCGGUGGCUGGGCAUUGCCAGUGCAGAAUACGGGCAGUAGCUCGCAUAGCAGUCUGCACCUCUCCGCCUCGAUGACUUUCCCCGGAGCCCCGCGAUCGGGCCAGGAAGCCAAUGCUCCCGGCGCAGGCGUCCCAGCCGCUAGCAAUAAUGGAGCAUCUCAGAGCUCGACCCUGGGUCUUACGCUUGGUCGCGAACCGUCGUGGGAUCAACGUCGGGCCGUCGAUUCAGCAAGCAGCGUAGCUGUUGUCUCCGCCUACGACGCGGCUCGAAGGCGACAAUGGGACAACGACGCCCACUCAAUGCGGAGCGAGGCCUCUGAGAAAUGGCGAUAUUCCUACAGCCGCGAUACCGCCGACGCCUCGAUGCUGCAGAGCAGCCAAAGUGCCCCCGUUAUCCCAACUUCGUUUGAAUACGGCGUAAACGCCUCGAACGAUGCCUACAGCCAAAGUUCGCGGCAGAUGAAACCGAGGACGAAGUCGGGAGACGAUGCUGGGGGCAGAUUGGCGACCCAUGUCGCCGAGGGGGAUGCGCCCUCCUUUUCUGGUUUACCCCUCGGCUUCGUAGCUGAUGAGGAGCGCAAGUCGCAAUGGGACUGGUAUGGGUUGACCGAUGCGGAGAAAGAGAUGAUCAUCGCCGAGCGACGACGCAAGGCGGCGGCGUCUGCCUCUUUGCGGGGAGGGGAAUAUCUGCACCAACAGGAACCUGAGCCAGCACCCGUCAUUCCCUUCGAUACGCUGCUGGAGAAGCCGUCGCCGCCCCAGGCAAGGGGUUUCCUCAACGUGUCCAGAGAACCGGCGGAGCUGCGGCAUCGGAAGAGCAUGAGCAGUCUAGGUCAAGAGCCGGACUACGCCGAAGCCUGGCAUCCGCUGGCGGCUGAAGUGGGGGCCAGGGCGAGAGAAAGGGCGUUGGCGAAAUUGAGGGCGGCUUCACCCUCCUCGAGACCGCAGGCAAACGACGAAGAUCUUUGGCGGCCCUUUCAUGGACGAGGCGUCGCGGCGGAUAAUCUUAGACAAAGCCAAAGCUUGGGCAUGAUCUAA